CGCGUCACGUGGCUCUGAAAGUAAACAUAUUUUGCUCUUCUGCGUUAUUGUAGGACCAGACAAGUUAGAACAGUUAACAGACAAUAGUAUUUAGAAGUGUGUGAGUAUUUUGAGUCACUGUCAAGGGUGUUUAGAUUGUAGCUAUUUAUUUUUAGUGAAGUUAUAACUCAGCUAUCUAGCUCAAUUUUUACACAGCCAACGCAACGCGGAAAGAACAUACAGCCAGGUAGAUUAUAAGAGACAUUUUCAUAGGUUUUACCUGCUGGGAUCAAAAUGGGUUGCACACUAAGUGCCGAAGAUAAAGCUGCCAUGGAGAGGAGUAAAAAUAUUGAUCGGAAUCUGAGAGAAGCUGGCGAAAAGGCAUCAAGUGAAGUCAAACUGUUGCUUCUAGGUGCUGGGGAGUCUGGGAAAAGCACAAUUGUAAAGCAGAUGAAAAUUAUCCAUGAGGACGGGUACACACAGGAGGAGUGCAGCCAGUACAGAGUGGUGGUUUACAGCAACACCAUCCAGUCCAUCAUCGCCAUCAUCAGAGCUAUGGGCAGGCUGGGCAUAGACUUUGGGGACACAGCACGAUCAGAUGAUGCCCGCCAGCUUUUUGCCUUGGCCAGCUCUGCAGAGGAAGGGGUCAUGACCCCUGAACUGGCUGGGGUCAUCAAGAGGUUAUGGCAGGACGGAGGGGUCCAGAUCUGCUUUGGCAGGUCUAGAGAAUACCAGCUUAACGACUCCGCCUCAUAUUACCUGAAUGACCUGGACAGGAUAUCCCAGCAGAACUACGUGCCCACGCAGCAGGAUGUCCUGCGCACCAGAGUCAAGACCACCGGCAUUGUGGAGACACACUUCACAUUCAAGGACCUCUACUUCAAGAUGUUUGAUGUGGGGGGUCAGAGGUCUGAGAGGAAGAAGUGGAUCCACUGCUUCGAGGGAGUCACAGCCAUCAUCUUCUGUGUUGCGCUCAGUGACUAUGACCUGGUGUUGGCUGAGGAUGAGGAGAUGAACCGUAUGCACGAGAGCAUGAAGCUGUUUGACUCCAUCUGCAACAACAAGUGGUUCACGGGCACCUCAGUCAUCCUCUUUCUCAACAAGAAGGAUCUGUUUGAGGACAAGAUCCAGAAGAGCCCCCUCACUAUCUGCUACCCAGAGUACUCCGGUUCAAACGUAUUCAAAGAGGCGUCAACCUACAUUCAGUGUCAGUUUGAGGACUUGAACAAGCGUAAGGAUACAAAGGAGAUCUACACCCAUUUCACUUGUGCUACUGACACUAAGAACGUGCAGUUUGUCUUUGACUCUGUCACUGACGUCAUCAUUAAAGCCAACCUGAAGGAGGUCGGCUUGUACUGAGACUCCUGCAACAUCAUCUGUCUUGUCAUCAUCGGGGCUGGAGUGUUUAGGAAUCACACAUUUACAGGUGUAAAUCAAUCAUUGCCUUUUUGACAGUUAGACCAUAUACAGGAUGGGUUUUUAGACCAUAAACUGUUGCCAUAAUGUAUGAAUCCUUGGAUAUUUCAAAACAAGAUUACAUGGAGCACUUAUGUGGUUUUGGUUUUCUAUCUUUUUGCUCUUAUGGAUUCCUUAGCUAUGGACUGAUUUUCUGUAAAAUGUCUUUAAAACAUUCUGCACUUUUUAGGCUUUCAGCAUUCACUGUAAAGGGUUCAAAUGUAUUAAUUACAUUGUAAAUGUUGAAUAAGGGAUCACAAUUAUUAUGCAUUUUUUAAUUUUGACAACUUGUCUUUAUAACUGUAUACACUGAGGGUACAAAACAUUAGGAGCACCUUCCUAAUAUUGAGUGCACCCCCUUUUGCCCUCGGAAUAGCCUCAAUUUGUUGGCGUAUGGACUCUACAAGGUGUUCCACAUGGAUGCUGGCCCAUGUUGACACCAAUACUUCCACAAUUGUGUCAAGUUGGCUGGAUGUCCUUUAACCUUUAAGUGAUGGGCCAUUCUUCAACAGCAGUGUUGCAGUUCUUGGCACACUACUACCAUACCCUGUUCAAAGGCACUUAAAUAUUUUGUCUUCCCAUUCACCUUUUGAAUGGCACAUACACAAUCCAUUUCUCAAUUGUCUCAAGGCUUAAAAAUCCUUCUUUAACCUGUCUCCUCCCCUUCAUCUACACUGAUUUGAAGUGGAUUAAACAAGUGAUCAAUAAGCGAUCAUAGCAUUCACCUGGUCAGUCUGUCAUGGAAAGAGUAGAUGUUCCUAGUGUUUUGUACACUUAGUGUAAAUGGUCAUUGCUCAACCUAAAUUGUUGUUGUGGAAUUGUGUCCUCUAGUGUUAAUCAGUAUUCUCGUGGGGAUUUGAAUGUGCUGAAUUCUGAUUGUUUUAAUAUAUCACCAUUCAGAUCGUUACAUAACACUGAAGUAUUAUACUAGCUCUUAGCAGACUGUAAGACAUCACUUGAUGUUUUAAAACCACUUUUAAAGAAAACAUUUUUUUUUAAUGGUUGCCUUAACUUGUAUUAUGUUAUUUUGGAUAUAACUAUUUUGUAUAAAGAUUAUUAUGGCCUUUCGCUGAAGACAAUGGCCUUAAUACAAGCUAAAAGUAUUUGCCUGGAAGCCAUUUUAAAUGCUCCUCCUUUUGAAAACAUGCUUUUUAUUUUUUAUUUUACCAGGUGAGUUGACUGGAAAUAUCUUCUUAUUUAUAGCAAAGGCCUGGAGAAAGUUACAGAAGUUCAGAGGACUAAUUCCCCCAUUAUGUCGAUCACAAAAGUUGUUUUGUUGAGAUCACGAGAAACUAUAUAAAUGGGAGUAGACGUAUUGAUUAACAGUAUGACUGAGGUGGCAGAGCCCACAGUGGAUCAGCGCAUACAUUUUUUAUGAUUGCUACACUAAAGGAUGGUACAUUUAAUACUAACCUCAUGCUUUCAUUUGUGUUUUGAGCUCAUUAUCCGUUUAUAAGUUAGCUUGAUAACAUUCUAUGUUACCUUGAGCUAAAAGCUCAUGUGGCAGCUAAGCCCUCAUGGUGCAUUUAAGCCCUGAACGAUGCCUGACAGACACCUCUGUCUCCCAGGCUGUAUGCCACAUCAAAGACCACAGCCAAUCGCAUGCAAGCAACAAUGCAGCUAACUUGGCUAGUCUUGUGAGCGAGUUAGCUAGGUAGUCUUGUUAUCUAUGCUGGUUGUUAGCUUGCAUAACUGACGUGUGUAUAAUUGUAAGGGGCACUUUGUUUUAUGGAUAAUAUUUACCAUUACAGAGUGGGUGAGCUCUAAUCCUGACAGGCUGAUCAGAUUCAAAAGUAGCCUCAGUCUGAAACAUCAGGAUGCUGACUUGUAGGUUGUUUCAUAGAUAAAACUCCUUUUGUUUCAUAGGUGAAGCUCCUUGCCGGCAGCAAUUGGUGCAUUAUGCAUAUGAUCAAGAGUGGGUGCACUCUAUUCCUGGCCAGCCGAUCAAAUUCAGUAGUAGUGUCUGAGGCUGAUCAGUCAGGAUGCUGCCUUGUAGGCUGUCUGCAAGGAACCUUGCAUAUGAAACCGCCUACAAGGCAGCAUCCUGAUUUAUCAGCCUCUAAGGCUGAAAUUGAAUCUGAUCAGCCUGUCAGGAAUGGACAUCACUCACUGUAAAUGUUAUAUUAAAUUACCUUUUUAUAAUUAUACACAUCAGUUAUGCAAUAUAACAAGUUAGGUAGCUAGCUAACAGGACUACCUAGCUAACUAGCUAGCUCACAAGACUAGCCUAGUUAGUUGCGUUGUUCCUUGCAUGAGAUUGGCUGUGGUCUUCAGGGGGGCACGCAGCCUGGGAGAUGCCGCUGCCUGUUAGGCAGCAUUCAGGGCGUAAAUGCCCCGCAUUACCUUCAACGCAGCCACAGGGCUCCUUGAUAAGGUGGCUAUCGUGCAUCUGCACAUAUGAAUGGAUGAUGUGUGCUACUUUUGGUGAUCUCGACAAAACAACUUUUGUUAUGUAGAAAUCAUGAGAUAAAUACAUAAGUCAUGAUCUCGGCAUAAGGAGGGAAUUGUAUUUUUAUUCAUAUGUCCUCUGGGCUUCUGUAGAAAGUUACAAAAAACAUGAAUAAAAAUACAUAGUUAACCUACAAAAUAUAUAAGCAAGCAAAAAACAAUUGCUAUUUGGACAUUUGAACAGUUGUCUAAAUUGAACGAAUGUUCCUUGCAUUAAAAUGGAAUGUGGCCCAAACU